GUCCUCAAUCAUUUGUUGUAACUCGUCUGCAUUGUUGCUGAAUAGAACAAUGUCAUCGGCAAACCGAAGGUUGUUGAGGUAUUCGCCGUCGACCUUUACUCCUAAGCCUUCCCAGUUUAAUAGCUUGAAUACUUCUGAGCACGCAGUUGAUUGUCACCUAGCGUUGUGAUAAUCGUAGGUCAUGCUGGAUUACUGGUACUGUGCUCAAAUAAAUGUACACGCGGCAAUGUGUUUUACAGUGUAGCUCCCUAUCACCUCCGCAUCAGAGGGAUAACGACACAGAUACCGAAAACGCGCACUCGAUCAUCGCAUACUAAUCGCGAGCGGCAACAAGGCUUGGUUAAAAAAAGAAAGUUCGUAGCCGAGACAUGAUCCAAUCCGAUCCAGUCCAGUUCAUUUGUGACGCCAUCUUAAUCUGGUGCGGACGGUGCGGUGAUUUACGCGCGUCUGUCGCCUCAAUUCGCCGACGUCGUUUGACAGCCGAGACAGCCCGCUGACAUGAAGCACGUGGAAGAAGCUGCAGUUCGCGCUGUUGGAAAGGUCCUCAAUGACCGGAGCCGACCGCUGAAGGAACGCUUUCGAGCGCUGUUCACGCUGCGCAACUUGGGCGGCGCGUGUGCGAUCGAGUGCAUUGCCAGCUGCUUCACGGACCCGUCGGCGCUCCUCAAGCACGAGUGCGCCUACUGCCUGGGCCAGAUGCGCGAUCCCCGCGCCAUCCCGACCCUCGAGAAGCUGCUGAGAGACGAGAAAGAGGAGGCGAUCGUGAGGCACGAAGCCGCCGAGGCGCUCGGGGCCAUCGCGGAGCCGCAAAGCAUGGAUAUUCUGCGCGAGUUCGCCGCCGACCAGACGGCCGUCGUGGCUGAAACGUGUCAGCUUGCGCUGGCACGCAUGUCUUGGCUGGCUAGCGCCGAGAGCCAGCUCGAGGCUUUCGCCGACAGUCCGUACAGUUCCGUCGAUCCCGCGCCACCGCUGCUGUCGGACGAUGGGGGAGGCGUCGAGGAGCAGGCGCAGCGUCUGAUGGAUAAGUCGGCGCCGCUGUUCGAGCGGUACCGCGCCAUGUUUUCCCUCCGGAACGAAGGCAGCGAGCCGGCGAUACGUGCGCUGGCCGAAGGGCUUCGCUGUCCGAGCAGCGCUCUGUUCCGCCACGAGGUCGCGUACGUUCUGGGCCAGGCGAGGCACGAGGCCGCCGUCGAGCGGCUCGGCGAGGUUCUGGCCGACGAACAGGAGUGCGGCAUGGUGCGUCACGAGUGCGCCGAGGCGCUCGGCUCGAUCGCCACGGGAGAUUGCUUCGAGAUGUUGCGCCGCUUCGAAGCCGACGAAGAGCCGCUGGUGAGAGAGAGCUGCGCCGUGGCGCUGGACAUGUGCGAGUACGAGAACAGCUGCGAGCUGCAGUACGCCGACACUCUGCUCAAGGUGCAACAGGAGGCUCUCAUCUGAAUCCUUUUCGUGUUGCGUCGCGAUGCUCCCCGAACCGGUCGUUUCGUGUGAUUUGAUUGCCUCUUGUUGCUUUGAAUUUCGGGUGCGCGAUGGUACCGAGGUUCGCACAGUACGCAGUCAUCGAUGGCCUUGCAUUUAAUGCUCUUUUUUUUUCACGUUUGAUCAUCUUUCACACGAAUACGCAGGGUUAUGCUUAUUUAAAAAUUGUCUUUUGUGUCAAGUUGUCGCUUAAACCCCAUUAAAUCCGAGUAGUGGUGUUUGGCGGUAAUGCUCCAUCAAAGGCAUGUGGUGGGAUUGAGGUUUACAUAUACUGCUAAAACUGAUAGUAGCGCUGGUUUCAGCUUUUGACGAGACUCGUUACCACCUGUUCCUGCGAGAUUGUCUUCGUGUGUGUCUGCGAAGGGUCAGGUACACGUGAGAACGUCAAACUUUUGACUGUCUACAGGCAUGGCUCGCACUACACAUACAGCUUAAACCUGUAGCAUGCAUACAGGACACCUGCGAUGCUAAUCAAGUAUGUAGCUUUUAUUUGCUGUUAGCAUAAAAUGUGUCCUUGCAAAGUUUCAAUUGCCAUGACAGCAUUGACAUUAGAGUAGUUAAUAUAUUUUCUCCCAAUAUGUGCAUUCCUUAUUUACCGCAGCAUCAAGCGUUGAUUUCUUGCAGUGGUUGUGACGCAUUAUGUUCCUCACUCUUGAUUGGGUGGCCAUGCAUUCCGCACAUGUUUUUCACAUGCAUAACACAUGCUCAGCAAGCAGCUGUGAAAAUGCAGUGCAUUAUAAUAUAUGCAGCCAUUUCAUCUAGAAAGUAGCCAAAAUAUUUAAUG